AUGAAGAUCUCGGUCCGCACCACGGGUCUUCCCCUCUGCCGGGCUGCUCUACCCGGCAGAGCCGUCAGAACAAUGGCCACAGCCGCCGUUGCCGCCGCCACCCAUGUCUCCUCAGGGUCGUCGUCACCCAUGAGCAUGCCACCACGCUUGUUCAACGUUCGAGCCGCACAAAACGCCAGACUCCCUGUUCAACCUGCCUCACCCCCACGCCAGCCCACCACCACCACCACCACCCCCCAAAGUCAAACCCACCCCCUCAUGCCCCCGGGCUACAUCGCCACAACAGCCACCCUCCCCACCUUCACCAUCCCCAGCGUCAUCCUCCCCACCCCAUCCCACCACCUCCUCGCAAAAUCCAUCAUCUCGGCCUUCCGACGAGACGGCAUAAUUCAAAUAGCCCAAUCCCCCCUCCAACAACGCCUCUGCAAAGAAGCAAUGGCAGCCUCAAAGCAGUUCUUUGCACUCCCGCCCGAGAAAAAGGCGGCUUGCGUGGAUGAACGGUCGUAUGGGGGUUACAUCGCCUCCGGGGAGGAGGUCACCGACGGCAUAGCCGACUACAGCGAGAUAUUCACCAUCACCCGUGAUUUCGCCAAGACUGACUCGAGGGUCAAGGCGGGGUGGCCUUGUCAUGGACCUGUUCCCUGGCCUGAGGAUGGGGGAAUGAGGGAGACGAUGAUGAGGUAUAAGACCGAGCUAGGGGAGGAAGGGAAGAGGUUGGUGAGGUUGGUGGAGAUGGGGUUGGGGCUUGAGGAGGGGGAGCUGGGGCGGUGGAUUGGUGAUGAUGGGAAACAGGGGGAGGGGGGGUGGCAUCACGCACGGGUCUUGCGGUUUCCUCCCAGGAACAAGACUAAUGGGAAGGGGAAGGAGGGGAGGGGGAUUGGCUCGCACACGGAUUAUGGGCUGCUGGUUAUCUCGGCGCAGGAUGAGGUUGGGGGGUUGUUUAUUCGGCGGCCGAGUCGGGAGGAGAGGUUUGCGAAUUGGGAGGAGAGUGCUGCGGGCUUGAGGGAGGAGGAGGAGGGGUGGGUUUUUGUCCCGCCUGUUGGGGGGACGCAUACGGUUAUUCUUGGGGAUAUGAUGCAGUACUUGACGAGAAACUACCUCACCGCCACGCCUCACAAGGUCGGCCUGAACACACGAGAGAGGUUCGCGUUUGCGUAUUUUCACGAGCCAAGCUUUCAGGCUGUGUUGAAGCCCCUGAAUGGUGGUGUCAUCCCAACAGACCUAGACGACAGCAGAAAAAACGACAAGGGCGUGCACUAUGGGACGCAUUUCACGAAUAUGUUUAUCAGGAAUUAUCCCGAGAGGAUCACGACGAAGAGGUUGCUGGCCGAGGGGCGGUAUGGGUUGUUGGAGAGGCCUGAGUUGAGGACUAUUGGGGCGGUUCCUACUACCACCACUGUCGAGAAGUCGGUAUGA